AAUAGUAGCUCAGAGAAAUCAGCUGAACUAGCUAAACUGCUGAACUGAAUUGUUGUGGUUGGGACAUUGCCUGAAAAGCUAUGAAAGGCUGGCUGCUUCUGGUUGUUGCUUUUCUUCUUUGGCCAGGCUGCUCUUCUCAAAAUGAAUGUGAAGAACCAAAUGAGAUUGACUUUGGGGAAAUUGUGAGCAUUGAGAAAGCCAAGUACCUGCAAAAUGACCGAGUACAAUACAGGUGCAACCCUGGCUAUGUCUUGGAAGGACCUGAAUGGAUUCAGUGUAAGGGACAAGAAUGGACACCUCAUCCACCAAAAUGCUUGGCACCCUGCAGAAUCACAAGACAACAGUUAGCAGCAAAAAACUUGUUUGUGUUUGGGAAUCAAAGAAAAGCUCGACUUAUUCAAAGUAACCAGAACCUACAAUUUCAGUGUAAUGAAGGAUAUGUGCUUGUGGUUCCAUCAGUCAGAAAGUGUGUUGACGGUUACAUGGAUUUCCCAUUAUGUAUCUCUGAAAGAGGACAAAGCUGCGGGGAUCCACCCAGGAUUGAGAAUGGAGACAUUAUUCCUUUAUCUGAGCAGCAGUACAGAUCUGGCUCCUCAGUAGAAUUCAGAUGCCAAAAUUAUUAUGCCAUGGAAGGUCAGAACAGAUCUUUUUGUGACAAUGGGGCCUGGACAAAACUGCCUGUUUGCCUUGAAAUUACAUGUAACUCUCCGAGUAUAUUGAAUGGUUUUUUCCAACCUCAAAGAACUAUAUACCAUAAUGGGGAUCUAAUUCGAGUUCAGUGUGACAGCGGAUUUACACUUGAAACAGAUAAUGGAGGAAAGGUGGUUGAAUGCACAAAAAAUGGAUGGUCACCUUCACCGAAAUGUGUCAAUAUUGAGGGAGGAUGUGGACGUCCACCUGCUGUGGACAAUGGAGACAUUGUGGACACACCCAAGGCAACCUAUGUCCAGUCUGAAAGUGUAACUUAUCAGUGCCAAAAAUUCUACAUAAUGGAAGGAUCUGCAAGAGUGACUUGUCAAAAUGGCCGUUGGUCACAAACACCAACAUGUAGAGUUGCUUGUACAGCAAAUGAAGAAGAUAUGAGAGAACACAAUAUAAGGCUGAAGUGGAGCUACAGGAAUAAAAUAUAUGUUGAAGAUGGAAAUACAGUAGAAUUUGUAUGUUUAAAAGGCUAUAAACCACACCCAAAUACCAGAUCAUUCAGAAUUAAUUGUUUGGAUGGGAAAUUUGACUUUCCAGAUUGCAUUCCUAAAUAAAUAAAGGAACAAAAGGACCAUUCUUUGAACCAGAAGAUGAAUAUCAGAAAUCAUUUAUCAUUCUUCUCAAUAUGAUCACAUGAAACUAUUUGCUGUCAACAAUGGAUCUGAACCUAAA